AUGGACGGCGUUUUCCUCUCGCCCAACGAGGAUGAGUUCGUGGGCAGGAUCGCGGAGGAGCUGGAGCAGUUCCUGCUGCAGGGGCAGCACCACAGCCUGCUCCUGUUCCCCCCCCUCUCCAGUCGCCUCAGGUACUUGAUCCAUCGGACCGUGGACAAUGUGGAUUUGUUGAGCAGCUUUUCAGUGGGAGAAGGAUGGAGGAGGAGGACAGUCAUCUGUCACUCAGCUGUAAGGCUUCCCAGUGAGACCAAUGACCAGAAACCCAGCACCAACCCCCCGAGCAGACCCCCGAGGGCCGCGCAGCCCUGGGGCCGGGGCGGGCGGCUGCGACACGGUGGAGAGAUGCAUGGGGACAACUCCAGAGCCUGUGUGGGGUCUGGCAGGAUCAAAAGGCCACCCUGGAAGAAACCAGACAAAGCCCUUUACGUCCCCAAGGCCAUGAGGAAGAAAGGGGAGUGGGGCAAGUGGGACAGGCCGGGAGCAGCCAGCACUGAUUCCGCUGGGAAUGUGGCCCAAGAAGAAGAGAUCUGCCCUGAAGUUUCAGUUGGGGACAUCCAGGAGGAGCUGGGGAAGACAGAAUCCAGCUCAGGUGGUCUCUCCUUGACCCUUGGCAAGCAGCAGGAACCUGGUGAAGAGUGUGUGUCAGGCCAAAAGAAGGAUGGCACAAACAAGGAAUGUCCUCCGUGCCCCACGGGUGUCCCAUCCUUCGGGAAUAGCGAGGGCAUCUCUGGGCAGGAAAGUCAAGAUAAAGACUGUUCAGAUUCCCUUUCUUCUGUGCACAAUAAAAAGGCCAUGGAAGCAGAAGAGCAAGACCAGAGCUGUGACAAUGGUGUCACACCAGAAGGCAGCAAAAUCCUGUGCCAAGUGCAAGCUGAAGACCAAAGCAGGCGGGAUGUGGAGUGUGGCAAAAAUCCCUCCCUGUCAGACAGAAGCAGCAGCAGCUGCUGCACAGCCCUGGCUGCAGCAGAGUCCAGCAUGACGUGCCUGGUGCUGGAAAACCAAGAUAAGAGCAGAGCUGCUGCCAGGAGCCUGGAGAGUGGUGGGGACGUGUCACUGCCUGAAGAACAGGGCAAGGACUUUGCCAACGGCGGCGCGGUGGAGGAAGGCGAGAGUUCCUCCCCGUUGGAAAGCCAAGAUCAAGAGUGUCCCAGUGUUGCCCAGGUGGAGCCUGCUCAGGACCCCUCAGAAGGGCAGAAUGAACCUCUGGCUGUACCUGAGCUGGUCGGUGGUGCCAACCCCUGUGCUCCUGAGGAGUCCUGGGUGGAUGGUCCCAGCAGGAAGGUCCCCGGAGCAGAGGAGGAAAAGGAGCAGCCAGGUUUGGCUGAUGCACCGUGGCCUGAGCUCUCCAGGGAGGACAGCAUGGCUGCCCGUGGGCAGGGAGGCCUGGAGGAGGAGGAGGUGGAGGACUGCACCCCAGAGCUCCUGGCAGAGAUUGUGGGUCAUUUAACAGUGAAGGACAUCAACAUUGAGAGGAUCAGUGUUGAUUAUUCCAGCUACGGAGACGCUCAGCUCAGCGAGGGGGAUUUUGGCCACGUCACUGAGAUCUAUGACUUCUCCCCAGCAGUGAAAACAGAACACCUGCUGGAAGUGUUCUCAGAUUUCCAUGAGGGUGGUUUCAAAAUCCAGUGGGUGGACGAUACACACGCCCUGGGAAUCUUCUCCAGCCCCUCUGCAGCCUCCCAAGCCCUGGGCAGACGUUACCCCUCCUUAAAGAUCCGACCACUGAUCCAUGCCACAAAGCAGUCCAAGGUCAAGGCCCUUCAGAGACCAAAACUCCUUCAUCUUGCAAAAGAAAGACCCCAGACUGACACUGCAGUGGCCAAGAGGUUGGUGUCCCGGGCACUGGGGCUGAAGCACAAGCAGCAGGACAACUCAUGUCCUGAGAUGUUCCUACCAGAAAACCUGGACCAGGAGGAAUAA